CUCUCUUAAAUACAAAAUGAUAAUAACUAUUAUUUAAAAAAAUUGAAUGAAUUAAUAAAAAUUUAAAAAAAUUAAUAAUGGCGUUACCAAUGGAGUCGAAUUCUGGAAUAUACACAAUUAGUUUAUAUGAUUCAUCACAAGAUUUUAAUAGUCGUCAAGAGUUACGUCCAAAAUCAUUAAUUAGUGAAACUAGUCAAGAUUUUAUUAAUGAUACUGCAAAUGAACAACAAUUACAGCAACAAGAGCACGGUGGCCCAGAACAGACACAACAAGAAAACAAUGCAAACGAUAAACAAAACAAAAACAAAUUAAAAAUGAAAAAAUUGGCGUAUUUAUUUAUUGAUCUAUUUAUUGUGAUAUGUGUUAUAAUGCUAAUAUUAGCAAUGGAACGUGAAUGGUUCCCAUCAAAACGUGGUGGAUUCUUUUGUAAUGAUCCAAAAAUAUCGUAUAAAUAUACUGGUGAUACAAUUACAACCCCAUUAUUAUUAAGUAUUACAAUAUUAUUGCCAAUAGUAUUUUUUUAUAUAUGUGAAUUAGUUGUAUACAUUCCAUUAAAUAGUUCGCAUCGAAAUAGUAAUAAUAAUAAAAAUAAUUAUUUAACACGAUCGAAUUAUGGUUUAAAACCGAUAUUAAUAAACAAAUGUGGUAAACAAACGAUGUUACGGUAUCGUGAAUAUAUGAUUGGUUUAGCGUUAUUAACAGUCGUUGUGGAAGUUGGUAAAACGAUAUUUGGUGAACCACGUCCGCAUUUUUUAGAUACAUGUCAACCAGAUGCCGCUGUUAAUUGUACAUUAGAUAGCAAUCAAUACAUCAAUGAUUACAAAUGUACAGCAGUUUUAAAAUCUUACAGAGUAAGAGAUUCAUAUAAAUCAUUUCCAUCGGGACAUGCAGCAUUCUCAGCGUACACUGGUUUAUUUAUAAUCUGGUACUUACAAAAUAGAUUAAUAUUUUCAUCAAAUUCAAGUUCAUCAUCAUGGUUAUUAAAGCCUGUGAUACAAUUGUUAUGCUUUACUUGGAUGUUUAUCACACCAUUGUCACGUGUCACUGAUUUUAGACAUCAUUGGUGGGAUGCAUUGGCUGGUACAAUCUUAGGUUUAUUAUUUACAUACUACACAGUGAUUGUAUUAUCAAAUAACUUUAUGAUAAGUGAUAAUGAUUUAGAUGAAUUAAUGAUGAUCAAUAAUAGUACAAAUAAUAAAUCACAUAAUGAUAAUCAAUUUAAUCAAAUGUUACAUAAUAAUCAUCAUAAUAAUAAAUAUCAUCAUCAUCCAUCAAUCAAACGAUUAUUAUCAACAAAUUCAACAACAUCUACGAUUAUUUAUAAGAAUAAUGAUCAUCAUGAUAAUGAUUCACAUCAUUAUCAAACUGAUAAAGAGCUAACGGAUAUAAAUACGUAUCAGUGA